AUGAGAGGUGGUGUGGGAAACUUUCCAAACGUGCAUAAAACAGUGGGUAAUGCUUUCCUAGCGAAUGCGGGCCCUGCCUGCACGCAUUCCAUAGGGAAGCAAGUGCCGGCAAUAAGUAUUUUACGAGAAACGAGCAGCGCGGGUGGCGGGGCGGCCAGCGGUGGACUGCUGGCUAUGAACGCCACCCAGGUGCAAUGCGAGCCCCACGACUCCGUGGUACUCAUUAAAUAUGAGCACCGGACUGCGGGUGGCAGUUGGGAGGAGCCAGUGAGCGCCGUGCGGAACACCCCGCUCAGGCGUUCGCAGAGGCUCAACUCGACCCUGGACUCUAGGAGCAGUGGCCAAUUGCGCAACACGCUGAGCCGCGCUCGGGAACUCUGCGAGCGAUGGCGCACCGGAGGUGCGACACCAACGCCGCCUGCGCCGCCUCCCGACGACGAGGGCGGAGGACGUCUAGCGAGGUGGUUCAGUGUGAGAAGAGGUUCUUCCCAUCAGUACGAUAUGCACCCGCACGAGACCGACAAGAUGCCGAAAUUGCCCGAGUUGGAGGAGGACCUGUUCUCAUGCGGGGGAGAGGUCCGUGGCGGUCGCGUGCCGCAGCCUUCACUGGGCACGGCGCCGGACUCUCUGACACCGGUGCAACUACGACGGAGACAUGUCGUCGCCGCUAUUAUACAUAGUGAAAACUCAUACGUAGCUACUCUACAGAGGCUUAUCAAUGACUAUAAGAAACCGUUGGAGGAGAGCAGCCCGGCAAUCCUCAACGCUAGUAAGAUCCAGACGUUGUUCCACCGACUGCCCGACAUCCUGCAAUGUCACCUACACUUCCGAACCGCGCUAGCCGACUGCGCGCGCACGUGGGACCGCGAUGAAAAAAUUGGCGAGGUCUUCCUCAGCGCGUUCUCAAAGGCUGUGGUGUUGGACGUGUAUUCCGACUUCAUCAAUAACUUCUCCGUUGCUAUGGAACUGGCAAAGAUGGAGUCUAAGAGAAAGUCAGCCUUUGCUGACUUCUUCAAGGUGAAGCAAAUCAGCGCCCACGAUCGUUUAUCUUUCUUUGGAUUGAUGGUGAAACCGGUACAACGGUUCCCCCAGUUCAUUAUGUUUCUACAGGACCUACUAAAACACACUCCCCCGGGCCACUCAGACCGCGUUUCCCUCCAACGUGCUUUGACGAGGCUAGAAGCCCUAGCUGAUGCAUUGAAUGAGAGGAAACGAGACGCUGAACGGACCCAGGCGUUCCGCGCUGCUCUGCGCCGGUUGACCCGCGGCGGAGUGGCGGGCGCGGGCGGCGCGGGGGGCGCGGCGCGCUUUGGGGCCGCGCGUCUCUUGGCCUCCCGCGCCGACAAGCGCCAUCUCUUGCGGCAAGAUGAUCUACUGCAAUUGGAAUUCAGCCAAUCAGGUGGAUUAUCGAAAUGCAAGCCUCGACGGCUGCUGCUGUUGAACGAUCUGGUGGUGUGCGUGUCGGUGGGCGCGGGCAGCGACGACGCGGAGCGGCUCAGCCUCAAGUGGGCGCACCCCGUGCAGGACGUCGACGUGCUCGACACCGGCACCUCGCCCACGCUCAGCAGGGUCCUCGCUCAAGGUAUGAACCGCAGCGGCAGCCUCCGGUCGAGCUCUAGCGGCGCGACGAGCGCGUCGGCGGGCGACUCGCUGUGCAGCGAGAUGUCGGCGCUCAUGCACGACUACGAGACCGUGUCGCGCAUGGCCGACCUCGCCGCCUCGCUGCGCAUGCCCUACCCCGAGCUGCCGCCCGACACCUUCCGCACCCUGCUGCAGAACAUACAGCGGAGCAUACAGAAAAAAGACGACGAGAUGGCGUGGGUGGACUCGUGCUGCCUGCAGCUGACGAUCCGCGGGCGCGAGGAGCCGCUGACGUUCCGCGCCAGCGAGCCGGGCGCGCGCCUCGCCUGGGCCACCGAGCUGCGUCUGGCGCAGCUGGCGCAGGCCUCCGCCAACUCGCCCGCCUGGCGCCUGCCCUCGCCGCACGCGCCCGCGCACAAGAUGCCGCUCUUCGUCGCAGCCACGCCCGUCUACGAGUCCAGGCAGCUCACCGAGGUGCGGUGCGGCUGCUUCUACACGGCGAGCGGCGGGGCGCGCGGCGCGUCGCUGCGGCGCGCGCGCUCGCUGCUGUGGGUGAGCGCGGCCGGCGCCACCGACAGCCACGUGACCGUGCUCACGCACCGCGCCGCCAAGCUCAAGACGCUCGUCACGCUUGACCUGCCCGACACCAAGAUUACGUCAAUGGAAUACGCUCGGGGGGUAAGACAAGUAACGACGCUAUGCGGCGACACUGUCUGGGUCGGUACGGAGGAUAGAAAAAUAAUAAUAUUUUCGGCGAUCGAACCCGAGAAACAAGAGAAGUUAACGGAGGUGCCGACUAUCGCAGCGAUAACACAGAUUCGUUAUCACUGUGACGCUAUGUUUGUGGGACUCUCUAACGGUCGCGUAUCGGUGUACAGAAGAAACCACGACGACUCUUGGGCCUUGCAGGAGCCCCUCGCUAUCGAACUGGGCGAUAAACCCGUCCACUGCGUACUACCUGUCGACGGUAUUAUCUACGCCACUUGCGCUCGACGAGUGUUCGCAAUCAAUGCCCUCACGGCCGAAAUCAUUCGUAUACUGGAACUAAAAGGUGACGGCGAUAGGUCCGUUAAGUAUCUGGCGCACUCAGGUGUCGGCCUCUGGACGGCGUUUUCGGAUUCGACGUACGUGAGCUUGUAUCACGCUGAGAACUUUGAACACCUACAAAAUAUUGACAUAGCCGCGGAUGUGGCGAAAACUAUUGGAGCGAGGGAGGGAAGUAAACCUGCUUACAUAUCUGCGUUAUUAGCCGGUCAAGGCCUGUUAUGGGUGGGUACUACGGCGGGCAUCACCGUGACAGUCCCGUUACCAAAGUUAGAAGGUCUUCCAUUAAUCGGGGGACACAUCGCUGCAUCGUACCACGCGCAUGCGGGUCCCGUUUCUUUCUUGCUUUCGCUUUUACCCGAAAAUAGAGACGUAGACGUCAAUACGGUACGUCGGAAUCUUUCUAAUGCCCGCGCUAUGGCUGUGACAGACACUCUACAAGAAUUCAAGGAAGAGGAUGGAAAAGAGGAUCAUGAGAAACCAAAACUUGAACGACGGAUUUCGGAAGAUGUCAGUCCGUAUCGACCACAGCGCGUCCAAUCGGCUGUGGUACGAAGAAAAAAACCGGGUGACGUUCGACUGAGUAAAACUUUACCGAAAUGUGCAAAUUUAAAUGCUUGCGACGUCUAUGGACUCUAUGGGGAUUUGAUGUUUGUAAAAGACUGCGUCGGAGAAGCGGAUGUAAGUGGUUCAGGAGGUGAGGCCUUACGGCGGAGUGAUCCAGAAUUAGCGGCCAUUCCAUACCGUGUAAGUACCCUUGACAGACGGUUACGGAUGCGUGCUGGACGACCGCGUUCUCUUGAUCUGUCGAGUUGGUCAGUCGACUCGCGCGCCUCUAGUCUUUGCACAUCAUCCGGGAGCGAAGAAUCCAUGGCGCUACGUGGUGUAUCUAGAACCAGUUCGGGUGCAUCAGGGGCGGCUGCCCUCGCACCUGUAGCCGCUUCGACUCCAGACUCGAGUUCAGGGAAAUCUAGUGGUUCUGAGCGUUCCUCUAGAACAGAAGUGACAGGUGUAGAAGUGCGGACGGAAGCGAGAAAUGCCGCUCGGAGCUUACGGGGGGCCGACUAUGUGGUUGGCGAGAGCACAGCGAGACGUUCUGUGUUAACUGUAGUGGGUGGACGAGGCUACGUAGACUGGAGGCAGACGGCAGACGCGGCCGAACGUCCCGCGCCGGCGGCAGACCCCAACCCGAAAGACGCCCAUCUUAUUCUGUUUGAGAUGCGAUUGUGA